AUGAAUAAAUCAAAGAUUAAUAUCGAAGGUCGUGAUCCAGACAAUGCUGAAAUUCCAUUUACACUUUUCAAAUCGAUUCAAAUGACUAUUGGUGAUCGAAAAAAACAAGAAUUAAAUUGUGAACCAUUUUCUAUCGAAAUAUCUAACAAAAACAUCCAUUCGAUCUCUAUUCGACUUCAUUUCUUUGGUCAUUAUAAUAAAGUUCCAUUCGAUCUUCAUUAUAUCAAUAUAAGAAAUGUUCCAAAAGAAGAACAAUUCUAUCUAUUUUACAAUCCGUUGAAGGGUGAAUGGCGUAAAACAAUUGAUGAAACAGAUUUACCUAUUUGA